AUGACGGACGAUGGAACAUAUUCGGCUCGCUUUUUAGAAGACAAUGGCCUGGAACUUAUUACGGAUGAGCAGGGUAUGGUCACAGCACGACCGCUAGGACUCAACGAUGGACAGGUUCUUGAAAAGGCUGUAUCGCAACCCCAACAACACAAACAGAAAGAUCAAAAAGUGGUUGAAUUUGAUCGUGACGAAAGAAUACCAUUGAUCAUCUCGACGCAGCCAUCCAUCGACAGUCACGUACAGACCGAACAGCCGGUAAAACAAGCCCCGGCGAAAAAGCAUCCAAUAACGGAGGCACCAGCAAAAGUGGUGCCGCAAACAGGAUUUAAUGUGGUGCUGACACACUGUACUGCAGAUUUCGAUUCACUAGCGUCGGCCGUCGGUCUCGCCAAACUCUGGAGUGCGCAAGAUACUUCCUCGUCAACAGCGGAAGCCAAUAAAACCUUUGAUUCAGCGUCGGACGUCCCUACCUUUGUGGUCUUGCCGCGUGGCGCUCAUCCUGGUGUUCAGCGAUUCUUGGCACUGCACAAACACUUAUUUCCAAUUCGUUCGCUCAAAUCACUACCUUCAGACUUAUCGGGGUUGAAUCGGUUGGCGCUGGUCGAUGCGCAGAGACGGGAUCCGCAUAACGGUUGUGGACCACCACAUCGAUCAGGACUUGAUAUUCCAGCGACUGAUUAUGUAGUGGACAAGGUUGGUUCUGUAUCCACGCUUAUUUCAGAAAGCCUUCGUAAAUCGAAAAUUUUGUUGACGGAGGCCGAAGCAACGUUGUUAGCAUUGGGUGUCCAUGCUGAUACUGGCUCUCUUUGCUUCGAUUCGACGACGCCUCGAGAUGCUGUAGCGCUGGCAUGGUGCUUGGAGCAGGGCGCCAGUCAAGUGGCCAUCGCGGAACACGCACAAACUUCGCUCUCAGCUGAACAGCAAGGUGUCUUGACGCAAGCAUUGAUCAAUACGAACUCAACAGCUAUUUAUGGCGUUACCUUGUCGACUGUGCUGUUAUCAGCGGACGGAUUCAUAAACGGCUUGGCUGCCGUGACGCAAGAUGCCAUGGAGUUGAGUAGCAGUGACGUUUUUCUUCUAGCGUUAGUAUACGAAGCCCAAGCUGGUGGGCGUCGGCGAAAGCGAAAAGGCUCAGGGAGUUUACUGACAAGCCGUUUGUUAACCAAAGAUAAGUCUUCCGCCAAUCCAGGGGGAAACAGCAACAAUGACGCACAGGUAUUUGAGGCUGAAGCCUGGAAAGGCGGCCCCGAGUACAUUAAACAGCGUCGCUUACGGUCUGCCUUUGAUCGCAAAGACAACGAUGAUAGCGGCUUUUUGGAAGUUGAUGAAAUCACGGCUGCGCUAGCUUCAUCGGGCGUGAUUGCUUCCCCCGAAGCGGUAGCUGAUCUAAUUCAAGCUAUCGACAAAGAUGGCAACGGCAAGAUUGACUUCGAUGAAUUUGUUGCAUUUUCUGAACAGGCUGAGACAAGACAAUUGGAAAGAGAUGCCCUCAUGUCGAAAGGAUCAACGACUAUGAUCAUCAUUGGCCGAGUGAAAGCGGGAGUCAAUCUCAAAUCCGUCAAGCUGAACAAGCUGCUAGAAAAGUUUGGUGGUGGUGGCCACGCAAAGGCAGCUUCCGCAACUGUGCGUCUUGGUGAAGAAGCGGAAGCUUCGGAUGUCUUACAGGAUCUAGUCGAUGAGUUGAUCGAAUCUAGUUUGAACGAGCAACCCACCGUCGGGGACUUUAUGACGGCUCCUGUUCUUUCCGUGCAACCUGAGAUGACGGAACAUCAAGUUGAAGAUCUGUUCACCCGGUACGACGUUCGUGCGUUGCCGGUAGUAAAUGAAGAGAACGAUGUGAUUGGCCUCGUCACCUACAAGGAAGUUGCGGCCGCGAAGCAACGUUUGUGGAACAAGGAGCAGAAGCGACUGCGAAGAGAGCUUGAGUUGGUAGAAAAGGGCGAAGUGGUGGACGAGGCCGAUCAGAAGGUAGCCCAAGAGCGACGCAAAGGGUCUACCGUCAAGGGUUGGAUGCUGCAACACGUGCAGCUCGUCGAAGCUAGCAAGACAAUGGCAGAAGUUGAAUCCAUUCUGCUUGAAAAUGACGUAGGAUGUAUGCCGGUUGUGGCAGACGGGACGAAAAAGCUGGUCGGUAUGGUUACACGAACUGAUUUGCUUCGGCAACACCGAUACUACCCUUCUCUGCACUAUCACAAUAAGGGAUUCGCUAACUCGAUCGCUGACCGAAAACCGAUCAUUGCUCUACGAAAGAGGUUAAAGCAAUUCGAUAUCGAGGAAUAG